ACCAUAUAUUGUCUGAGUGUGUUCAGAGGCCUCCUCAGCCUGCAUGCCAUGAGUGACUGGAUAGUCAUGACCUCUCUGAGACACAUUGAUGCCAGGGUUGACACUCCGGGAGGGAAUUCAUUGAUCACCAGCAGAUUUGUCAAUACUUGCUGCUUUGUUGUCUAAAAAAACAAUGAUUAAUAAAAGAUUAUUGUCACAAGCUCAUGUAGAGAAUGAAGACGCCAGCUGUUGUGACAGAUUUCUGUUUGCAAAUGACAUUUGUGUAUCCAUGUUUUCUUCUAAUUCCACUGUUACAGCUGGAACGUCGUCUUUCUGUCCCAGUGUCCCACAGCAUGUGGCCCAAUAUAGUUUUAUUCCUCCUGUAAGACUUCAUGUGAGAGGCGCAGUGGACAGAGAACAUGUGGAAACAUUAUAUGUCCAUAAAAGAAGGAAUGGGGAGGUGAGGGGGGGGGGGAGAAAGUUAUCAUACUAAAGUUUGACUAUCAUGAAAAGGAUAUUGGAUCUACCGUGUCAAAUCAGUUAGUGGGGUAAGCUGAGUCAGAAAUGCGGUGGUGCUGUGGUGCUGCACAAAAUGCAUCAAAAAUAAAGCACAAAAUGGCCCCGAAAAGAAAUGGUGUGUUGAAUUUACCAGGCGUACGCGCGGAAUAAGCCAGGGGCUUUCGAGGCUGUAUUUCUGAAACCGUACACACUGGGGGAAAAAGCAGAAUAAUUAGCUCUGCGUCCACUAAAGAUAAAACUAGUCUAAUAGCCUUAUAACCCUUAGGCAGCUCUGAUCUUGGCUGUGGCCCUGCAGCGAUAAGGUCGGCGUCACCACUGGAAAAAUCUCCAGACUUACAACACUGCUCAGUAUUCAUGAUAAACACCAUCACAUCACAUAUAGACAGAUGUUUGUGGGCAAUCAGAUCAUCACAGUGAUUAUCUCCACAUGUGUAAACAGCUGAACUAAGAGGCUUAAACUCAUUCUUAAAAUUAAAAUAGUCAGUCAUGCAUUCCUCAGAGAAGUAGCUUACUGUGGCGAGCAGAAUGACACAGUAGACAACCCUCAUCUGCAUUAUUAAUUGGGGUUUUAUAGAGGUUUUUAGUGUGUGAAAAUAACUGCUGUAAAACGGUGUGCGUCACCUUUAUGAGUCUUGAGAGAAUCAUGCCACUGCUGUGAGGGACUUUUGGAUAUCUGUUUCUACACUGCAGUCGCCCACAGUGCUCUAAUUAUAGUCAAGGCUUUGACACAGAGCAUGAUAACCUCUGCCAAUUCUUUCUUUCUUGCAAUAUUCUAAACACAGAUUUGGAAAUAGUGCACUAUACUAUUUCUUCGCCACAUGCUGCACAAACAGUUCCUAAAUAAAGCUGCGGUACAACACUGUAUUUGUUGGAAUGAAGCCACCAUUAAACAAGUUUUCCGUUUAUGAUGUUUGGUGUAAAUGCCAUAUGAGAUUAUUUCUUUACGUAUUAAAUCUUAAUGCAUGUUUCAUGUUCGCGGGAUAGAUGUGAGCAGGGAGUGUGUCUAUAUGAGGCCUUUCAAGGAUAAUUGGACUGCAUCUGAUUUUAAUUGCUCUUUGUGAUAUAUCACCAGUUAUAUUUUGUCUUCAUUAGCCUGCAGCAGCUCAGAGACCACUCAAAAGAACUCUGCAUCACAAAGACAACAGAGUGGACACUGUGUGAAAUAGGAGAAACAGAUUAGAGGAGUGGGCAGGCUGGCCGACAUUUAGAUAAGCAUCUUCGGAAUAAGGAAAUCUACUCUGUGAUUAGUAGCCUUGGGAUGUUACUGUUACAAGGUACCUCCUAAAAGAGGUACUGUUUUUCUGCUGUGUUUGAUCUUAUCAAAUACAUAUGACCCACAACACUUCAGUGGGGAGCUCAAACUGAGUGUGGUUAUCAUAACAAAGAUCCUUAAGGUGCACCCAGGUGAGAGGGAGGAAAGAAAAAGAGAGGCAGAGCAUUUGUUAACCAUACAGCCUCUGGGCGAGCGGGGUUACUUUAAUAGUGCGGCAAAUAAGGAGUGAAUAUAGUCAGCUAGUAGUUAAUGGUCCCAUGAUGAACAUACAGCAUUGCCGCCUGUAAAGAUUCUUAUCUGUCCUACAAUACACUAGGCCUUUGCUUCAGCAUGUGUGUGUGUAAGGGACAUUGUAUCUGGUGUUGUGACAACACCUUGAAGUGGAUUUCAUACUUCAGCAGAGAAACUGGAUACAGUCUGAUAAAAGCAAAAACAUAUUUCAGAUGUGAGACAUAUUCAGUACAAUAUUAUGUAAAGAGGAAGUGUGCAACUGUGUAUGAUAGAUAUGUGAUGUAGAAAUGGCUGUGUAUUAUGCAAAAUCACAAACUAUGUAUGACACAAUCCUGUCCUUUGCUGAAAGUGUCUGAAAUUAAGUAAAGUCAAUAUUUUCACACAUUUUAUGUCCUUAGGUUUUGCUUUUUAAAUAUAUAAUAGGAAAAAAAGUCAAAUAUCUUGAUACAACGAUUAAUAAAAAAAUAUAUAUUCGUAGUCAUCUACUAAAAUAAUUGGCAAUUUAAUAGUCAAUUAAUUUGAGUAAUUUGUAAAGACAGAAAGGUUGAAAAAUGUUGUUUCUAGCUUUUUAAACAUGAAUAAUCUGUGGGUUUUUUUUACUUCUCUCUGACAAUAAACUGAGUAUUUUUGGGUUGUGGACGAAACAAGACAUUAAAGGACAUCAUCUUGGGCUUUGGGAAACACUAAUCAUCAUUUUUUAACCAUUUCCUGACAUUUUAUACACCAAACCACUCAUUGAUUUAUUGUGCAAAUAACUGACAGAUUAACUGACAAGUAAUCAUUAGUUGCAGUCCUGCUCUAUUAUAGGAAAAAAUUGGACCUUCCUUAAAAGAUCUAAAUUAACAUUAAUUUGAUUACCUGUGAAUUAUUUUACUUAUAGAUAUGUAGAGCAAAACAACCUACUGCAUUAAUUCCCUCAUUAACAUAUGAUAAUAACAUGAGGACAGCAUCCUCUGUAUCCCCACCUCUCUGUCCCAGUUUACCUUUUAAAGGAGGCCAAAUGUACCAAAAGCAUCUUAAAUCUGAUUACUGUUUUCAAUAGCUGUAACUCAUUACAGUUACUACACUGUCAAAAUGUGAUUAAUUGCAUGUAAUUGUAUGUGACUGUAAUCCAGUUAGACUCAAUCUGCUACUUCCCAAACCUACCGUCACUGUACAAACAUGCACACAUACAUUCAGCCACUAGAGGGCACGUGUUAGCUCAGCUGAUGGGGACACAUCCUACAUGUCAUACAGCAUGAGGCCUCUGACACCAUGAAACCCACCAACUGCAUUUUCUCCACCAACAGUGGAGUCCUCUAAAGACAGAUAACUUCAUGUCAUGAAAAUUUCUCUCUGUGCAUGACUUCAGGAUGCUGUUACAGCAUGUUGUCUUUGCACCAUCGGGUCAAAAUCCACCAUUAGGCUGUCUGACAGAGGAAAGGUGUCACACUACUUGAUGAUGACUUAAUCCCCUCAUUAAUGGAUUGAUUUUCCAGCAGAUGAAUCAGACUCUGAGGUUAUUUUUGCUUUGACAAGACUAUUUCAAAGUAUGUUUCAUGGCCCCUAAAGGCACAUCUAAAUGUAACAUGAAUGUGGUUUAUUUCUGGUUUGGAUACAGGCAUUAAAUAGAUGCUUCCAACAAUGUCAAAAGGUCAAACAGAGGCAAAAACUGUUCAUAUGGGGCAGCCUAAAUCUUGAAAAACUCAGUCAAGAUUUUUUUUAAACAAAAAUAAAUGCCUGCCCUGCAGCAAAUGAUCCAUCUUUGGAAGUUAGCAGAUCAAACAUACAGACUGAUCUUAUUCUGUAGAGGUUUUUCUGGUUAAAUAAAGGUUGAAUGAUUCUGAUUCUGAUUUUAAAUUUAGCCUUCAUGGGAGUCAUAUGUGCCAUUUACACUGAGGUGCCAAGGACAUGUUGCCACCGCUUUUUGACAUGUCCAAUUCUGUCCCCGUCACUUUUUAAAAGCAGAAUAUGUUAAAAAUGUCCUGAAAAAUAGCCUGCACCAGGAAAUGGUAACUAACACAUGAGAAUGGUUUGCACAAUAAGAAAACAUACAAUGCAAUGUAGCCUAUCCUAGCUGGACAGGUCGUCAGACUAUUGCAGGGCUAACACACACCUACGGCCAAUCUAGAGUCACCAAUUAACCUGCAUGUCUUUGGACUGUGGGAGGAAACCGGAGUACCCAGAGAAAACCCACGCUGACACAGGGAGAACAUAGAGUCUCCACACAGAGGGGCCUCCCCACACCAGGUUCGAACCCUCAACCCCAGGUUCGAACCAGGAGCCCUCUUGCUGUGAAGUGACAAUGCUAACCACUGCACCACCAUGCUGCUAUUAAAGUCCAGGGGCUUAUAAAUUAAUUUAUAAAUUAAGUCGUGCAUCAUUGACGUGAACAGCUGCUACAUGCACAUUUUAAGGUUACUUCCCCCAACAAAAGGAGUUUGACCAGGUAAAACAUGUCCGUGUGUGUUGACUCAGCAGAGAUAAAAUUAAAUGAAAAAGCUGAUCUACAGGAGGAUAAAUAUUUGAAAGCAAUACAGAAUACUAGAGAGCGUUACUGCAUUAAGUUCCAUUAUAAUAUCAGAUUUUGAACUGUCACCUGACGCCCGAAAUAAAGACAUUUCCACCAUGAAUUGGUGCAUACAAGACUGCCCACUCAUAUGUGUCCCCCAUGAUGUUGAAACCAAACCUACACCCUUGGUCACUCGCCUUUGAUUUACCAUGAAGAUUUUUUUCCUGACACACAUAUGCUGCAGACCAGGGGUGUCAAACAUACAGUAAAUUAUGAGAAAAAGUCAAUGUAAGGAAAGUGAGUAGUCUAUAUAUCGCGAGCUGUUUAUCAUUUGUUUUGUAUAUGGAUGAACAUUUUCAAAAUAGACUUAUUGAAACACAGGAUUUGAGUCCUUUUCUGUGAUAUAAAUAUUAACUUAUAUUUGAGCCCACAGGUCCCUUGUCAUUUCCCUGUCACUCCCUCGUUGAGUCUAACAAAGUAGAGGGACAGAAGUAGGACCUGCAGUCAAUCUCUCUUCAUAAAAUCUUCAUCUCAAUCAUCUACAUAAUGGGAUGAGGUUAAGUUGCAUAUUAUUCUUGUAAGUCUUGUAUUCUUUAUGAAUCCUGCUUUGUUUUUUGAUCUAUGUAAUGCUUUUUGGAUGAACUGAAAAUGAUCUUUUGACAAUUGUUUUUGAAGAACAAAAAUAUUGAGAAUGAAAAGUGAAAUAACUGUGAUAAUCAGUCAUGUGACCUGUGUAUAUUUAGCACACCUGUCAGUGCUCAUGUGAUUCUGUUGAGCGAACCUGAAGAAGCCAUUGUUUGCUCUUAACAAAAUCACAAUAAUUCAGUUCAGCAUGCAGUGGUUUAUGCUGAUGAUUUUCAGAAUGGACUUCUUUACACUAAACCUACACUGUAGGUUAUUAUGCAAUUGUUUUACUGGUCCCGGCCAGUUAAAAAUGGGCCGAUACGGGCCGAUGAACUAACAUGAGUUUGACAUCCCUGCUGUAGACCCUUUAUUUAUUUCAAUCUGAGCCCUUAUAUUCCAGUCAAUCUGUGGUUUGACCCAGGAAAAUUGCAAUAGUAAUCAUUCAAGGUUUUGUGAUCUCUUGGGACAUUCAAAUUUUAAUUUUAAAAGUAUACCAUUAUGUACUUAGUAAAUCAAGGUAAAUUCAGGGCUUGAAAUGUCGCUGCAUUACACAAAGAAGUGCUUCUUAACAUUAUAUUUUCAUAUAUGUCUAAGCAUUAGUUUUUCAGGAUGUUACCAUCAGAUAUGACCUGCCCUGAAUGUUUAUGUGCAAUUAGGUUGUACCCUUACCCAAAAAUGACCUUUUUCUGAAUCAAAACAAAGUCAGAAAAGUCCGUAAAAUUAGGUUAUAAAGCAUAUUAACAUUCAAUUUUCUGCACAUGUAGAUUUAUUUGUCCAUGAAAACCAUGAAGCAUAUCAGCACUCAGACCUUAAAUGGGACCAAACUUGAAACAGGACUUUGGUUUAGCUGUUGGUGCCAUUGAAGGCUGAUAUCUGCGUCUAAGCUGCCUCUUGAGAAGGGCAUACCAAACUAGAAUUUGCCAUCCUGGGCAGUACCAAUUCAUGUAAAUUCUGAUCUGGACCCAUAAAACACGAUCACCACCGAUUUCCCAUAAUGUUUUCAACCACAAACAAAUAAAAGUUUCCACGAUUGCACCGCAUGUGUAUCCUAUUCCAUCUAUCAAAAAAAAAACUUGCAACAACUUCAGACUGUUCAGAACUCAGCCGCAAAGCUUUCAACCAAAACCAGGGAGCAUGACCACAUCACACCAGUUUCAGCCUCUUUAAUUACUUUUAAGACUCUUCAUGGCUUGGCUCCAGAUUACAUUUCAGACCUGUUAGUCCCUUAUGAACCUUUACGUAGUUUGAGAUCCUCGAGCAGAGGUCCUUUGCUUGUCCCAGAGUCCAGACUGAGGACCAAAGGGGACACAGCUUUUGCCACCAGGGCCCCGAACUCUGGAACGACCCGCCUGAGGAUAUAAGGCUGUAUGAGUCACUGGCUUCAUCUAAGUCUCUCCUGAAAACAUACUUCUAUCGGAAAGCACAUCCUGACUUUAUCUGAGCUGUCUUGCUAUCUUACUGAUUUUAAUGCCCAUUUAUUAUCUUGAUUUUAGUUUUAAUUGUGUUCAGUUUUACUGUACGGCACUUUGUAACUGUGUUUUUGAGGUGCUAUAUAAAUAAAAUUUGUUAUUAUCAUUAUAAGACGUACAGAAUGUCUUUUUCUGGUGCGUCAUCAUGAGGUGCAGCAUUUCAUACUGCUUUUGCGUUUUUUCUACAAUUUAAUAAACUGUUUUAAGUGAUUGAAGAAAUAAGAUGAUGACAAUAAGACUCUAUAUCUCCACGUCGACCCAAACCUUCACCUCCCCUGCACUACAGUCCCCUGCAUAACUCUAAAACUUACAACUUAUAGAUAUGAAAUAUAAAAAUUUGGCCAAAUAAAAUGGUUGUUGGGUAGUUGUACUUCAAAUACAGGUAUAAUACCUCAGAAUAUCCUCUUAAAAGAUGUUUUAUUUAAAAGAUUGAUGCCAAAAACUUAAUAAAAGGCACCAAAUAUGUGGGAUAUGUGUACUAAAAACUUUGCUUUUUACCUUGAAAAAAGAUUGUCCACUAAAUCCAUGAAGGUAUACUUUUAAUAUAUGAUGCAGGAGGGUAUUAGGACUAACUGUGGAACAUUACUAUUGCAAUUUCUCCUAUUUUGGGACCAUUUUUGGGUCAGAUUGACUGGACUUUAACAUGUAUGUCCCCUUGCUUCUCCUCUGAGCUGCAGCUGAGGGUGUCACUGCUGAUCGCACUGCUCGGCGCUGUCCACGGUCCGUGGUGCUGAAAAGCAAAGGGACACAACAAACCCACAGUGUUCUGUAGUGUCUAUUAAAUCCACUUUAUAUGGCCCACAGUUGUGACACAGGUUGGGAAGUCAAUUUGAACAAGUCUAUCUGCUGGAGGUUUCUGCACUGAACUGGGUUUAGCACUGGUAAUAUGAUCUGGAUCGAGCCUAUAGAGUGCCAUGUUGUGCCCCGUGCCCGUUACGCAACAAGUCUGUGAUCACACAACCGGAUGAAGGCACAACAGCUGACAGGGCUGACUCACAUCGGAUUUUUUUUUUUUAUUAUCACUUUACAACGUUUUAUUACCAUCCGGGCAUUUUCCCAUCCGGAAACACUCCACAGUAUGCUCCUGGUCCUUCAUGCAAAUGGACAUUGUGGUUGAAUAAAGCUGUUUCUGCAGCCCACAUAGACGGAACAUGGCGGAGGCGGGCAGCACAGGAGGCGACUGUGGCUCAGCUCCACCUGACGUGACCGACUCGCUCCCCGGUGAGGAAUACGAGUGCAAGAUAUGCUACAACUGCUUCGACUUGGACCGCCACACUCCCAAAGUGCUGGGCUGCUCCCACACCUUCUGCCAGGAGUGUCUCGAGGCUCUGCACUCCCUGGAGGGUCGAGGAUGGAGGAUCGGCUGCCCCGUGUGUCGCCACCGGACUCCGGUGCCGGAGUACCGUGUUCACAACCUCCCGGACGACCGCACGUUGACUGAGUCGCUCCCGCUUAAGAAGCAGGAGCCUGCGGACCUGUCACACACAGAUGUCCCGGGCAUGUCUCCAUCCCCGUCACAGGAGAGCAACUGUGAGACUUGCAAACUAGUUGCGUUCGCGAGCGGCUGCGUGUGCGCCAUCUUCUCCUUCCUGUCCAUGGUGGUGCUUUUGUUCCUGGGCCUCAUCUUUGUGCAUAACUUCAAUCACGCUCCGUGGCCCGUCGGUCCCAUCUGUCUGUUUGUCGCCAGUGUCCUCGCCCUGUUCUCGCUCAUUCUCACCUGGUUAAUGUGCAUGUUGAAGUACCGACCGGAAACUGAGGCGAGCAACUUGAGUUCCUUCACCUCUAAUAUAAUGUGACGCUCUGGCACAAAUUCAGCCUGGUCAGUAUCAUAAACGGGAAAUCUGUUUAUUUUAAUGUGCUCGGACAUCCUUAUAAAUGUCAGUGUUUGUUACUAUAAAUGACGUCACAUUCCACUGGACAGCCAUCUCUAUUUACCUGAAGGAGUAUUUCACACUUGUUAUUUUGUUUACAAACGUAGGAAAACAUAAUAAAAUUUCAAAAUAAGAAUUUAUCGAGAUCCUUCUCGUCGAGCCGAUCUCAGGUCCAAAGUCAUCAAAAACCGGCGCUUGGGCAGUGACUUGUGGC